AUGAAAAAGAGUAUCAAAGUGAAAAACCCAUGCAAAAUAUGUUUUGAAGCGGUAAACAAAAAGAAGGGACUGCAAUGCCAGGGGGCUUGCCAGAAAUGGGCUCAUUACAAAUGCUUGAACUAUAGUCCGGGCAAGAUCGAGGAUAUAAAGGCUGGUCUAGUGAGGAUUACCUGCCCGUGUCCAGAUUGUGUAGCAUCAGAAGCUAAAUGUCCCAAUAGACCUCAGACGUGUAGCUCUAGCGCUGGUCCUGUGAAACCCAUUCCAUUUUACCUAUCGCAACCUUGUCGACAGAUGCCUCCCUGUCAAUCACGCAUCCAAAUACCUGUACAUAUAUCUCCCAAGUGUUCAAACGUGUCAUUGCCGCGAACACGUGGUUCAUACCCUCAGGUUUUCACAGCAUGCCCACCUACAUAUUGUUCUAAGCAGACUUCACCAAAUAUGACACCGCAAGCUUCUCAAUGUAAUUUGAAGUAUCCUAACAGAAGGUCACAGUCUACAUCCGCGAUGAUACCGAAUAUGUCUUCUUCUGGUAGCGGUAUACAUUUAAAAUGUGUACCCCGCCGUACAUCGUCAUGUGACUCGAAAUUGUCUGCGAGGCCCAAUCCCAAGGAGUUGAUUUGCUCUUUAGAUGAAAUGUGCAAGACUGUCGGAGAACUGACGAUACAACUUAGGUCUUUAAUGUGCAAAAUGAUUGAGGCAAACAGUUGCCAAGGUUGA